AUGUUUUACAUUUGUCGAGCAGCUAAGCUAAGAGUUAAAAAAGGCGGUGAUAAACAAAACUCGUUUGUGGAAGAAGAAACAGAUUGGAGUGACUGGAAAACAAUAAAAGAAUACAACAUAUCUGGAACCGGUGGAAAAGAAGAAAGAACAAUGCAGUUCACAGUACCUCAAGAAAAGGGUUGGGAAGUUUUUACAGAAAUUGAUAGUGAAGAAAUCAUAAUCCCACGUACUAUAAAAGUUACUAAAGCUCCACAUACAGAGAAAGAUGAUGAUGAUGAAGAAGAGAAAGAUGAGGAUGAGCAGAAACCGAUUCAGAAAAAAAUUACUGAAAAGCCACCAAGAGAAGAAGAUGAAGGUCCAGGUAAAAGAAUCGGUGAAGAGGUUUCAAUAAAGCUACCGAAAGAAACUCGAAAAUCAAGUAAUUCCAAUUAUUUCACAUCACAUUUUAUUCAUUAUUUCUUAUCAUUAAAAUGUGUUUAUAACUCAAAAAAUAAUAAUAACCGUAUUGAAUUAGAUUAUAAAACAUGUCAUAGUAUUGUGGAACAAUAUAUUUAA